AUGGAGGAGUACGCAUCGCCACCGUCAUCUCCAUCUUCAUCAGAUCUGGCACAGACUGUCCGGAACAGCUACGACCAUCUUCCAGAGCUGACUUGGCGGACAUUUAUUGCUGUUAUUGUAUUCUCAUGCAUAGUGACGCGCAUCACCACUGGCCUUCAGAGCAGGCGCAGGAAGCCCAGCAAUGAGGAGCCACAGAGUGUGAAAAUCGUUCCGUACUGGCUGCCGUGGAUUGGGCACGGCCUGUCACUGACUUGGGACCAUGUAACCUCUGUCUGCAAGGCCAGGAAUUCAGCUAAGGAAUCCGUCUUUGGUCUCUUGAUGGGCGGUGUCAGGCAGAAUGUGGUCGUGUCUCCGUCCAUCACGAAGACUAUCUUGUCUUCUCCAGAUGCAUCCAGUGCGGCAGUGACUGCUUAUGUCAUUGAGAAUGUUUUUGGUGACACGGGUGCAAUCCAUAGGCUGAAACCUGAGGAUUCUCGUGCAUUCCAUGAGACUGCUAUCAUGCGGGAACCAUUUAUCACUAAAGCUUUAACAGCCGAAUUGGGAUUGAUAGAGCGCGAAACCCCGAAUUUAGUGACGUUCUGUCGAAGUAUUGUCGACCAGGCACCUUGGGAGCGUGCCAGUCAAGUCACUGUUGAUGAUUAUGACACUGAAGUCAGAACCUGUGAAGCAAACCUUUUCUCUCUUGUAAAGGACUUCAUCGGAUAUCUCUCUGUCUCUCUGUUUAUGGGAAGUGCUUUUACCGAGUCAUUCUUCUCUCAACUAGAGGAUCUUUGGACUAUGGAAAACCGGAUUAUCUCUCUGCUCACUGGAGCGCCUCGCUGGCUUCCCUCACCAGGUGUUUCUGCCGCGCAUCCUGCCCGUAGGCGUCUCCUAGAGGUUUUCUCAGCUUUUCACCAGGCGUUUAUAGCUUGGGAUGAUGGUAGAGAUCCUGGUAUGGAGUUGCGUGACCUCGAGGACGUUUCAGAGCCCAUUAAGGAGCGAAUCCGGAUUUCCAGGAAGCUGGGAUUGUCCUCCGGCGCCAGCGCCCCAGGGCAUCUGUCUCAGUUUUGGGCUCUGCUUAGAAACACACCAAAAGUUGUCUUUUGGAAUCUGCUUCAUAUAUAUGCCGAUCCCAAACUCUUGGAGGAUAUCCGAAAAGAGAUAUCUCCAUACGCCAAAGCUACGCGGGUCAGCCGCGAGGAAACUGGUUUCCCAUUUCAAGAGCCACCUAAGCUUUCCAUUGAUCUGAAGGGCAUCAUCGAGUGUUGUCCCCUCUUCAAGGCUUGUUAUUACGAAACUAUACGUCUGGAAUCAGCGGGGGUAUCUUUUAGGAAACUUACUUCGGACCUAAACCUGACUGAAUCCGACAAGGAUGCUGCAAUUGACGGCCUGACCAGUCCCAGGACAUACAGACUACAAAAGGGCGACUAUAUUGCUAUUUCACAUGGUGCCCAUCAAAAGGAUGAUCGGUAUUUCCAUAACCCCGGCCAAUAUGACCCACAGAGAUUCAUCCACAGAGAUUCGGAGACGGGGGAGACAAAGGUCGAUUCGCGCACUAUCACACCUUUUCAUGACAAUAUAUUUGAGGGUAAAGGACAGCAUUUCGCGGAGCGAGAGAUAUUUGCGUUCACGGCUGCCAUUUUAUCUCUUUGGGACAUCGAACCGGUGGGCGAGAAGGGAUGGAAAAUUCCCGGUCCCAAGUCUUCCGUAGGGACUUUCUUGCCCUUGAAUGAUGUCAGAGUAAAGAUGAAAAUGAGGGUAUAAGCACUGCUGUAGCUGUAAUCAGUUGCCUAGACUGGAUGUUUUGGCUUCUCGAACACCCGAGCAAGGACG